ACAAGUAUGUAGAGGGCGCUCUUCUUAUCAUAUGAUUUUCUUCUCGUCAGCCUUCCUAAGGAAACUUAAUUUUUACGUGAUUUAUUCUAAUUCGUAAUUAUUUCUACGUAUUAGGAUUACAAGUACAGUUUAAUAACUUGGGUAUAACUUGAUUUAUAUAUUUAUAAGAAUAAUAUUUUAGAUUUAUAAGUGAAUUACAGAAAGGUUGUGAUACAAUGGUUUCAGGCCUUGAAAGUAUUCCACAGCAAACUGGUUAUCUAGUUAUUAAUGAAGAUGGUGCAGUAAUUUCUUCUGGAGGGGAUUUAGAAAAUGACGAACAUACGGCAAAUAUUAUUUCUUCUAUGGUACAAGUUGCAGAUAAGUCUCAUUUAACUGUUGAUAGUAAUGAAUUUUUUCAGACACUAUCGGUGAUAUAUGAUGACCACUUUUACGUAGUUGCUGUGUCUAACAAAAAAAUCCAUGUAGUCAAAAGGAAAUAUGUUCCUUUAGAGCCAGUAAAUGUAUAAUAAUAGAAACAAUUUGUUUUGCAUUUGUAAUUAUGUUUUGAUAAGAUCUUAAAUUCCUUUUAACAGUUUGUAUUUGAACAAUGUAAUAUAAAUCAGUAAAUGUAAAUUUCAAUAACUUCUCUUUGACUUAUUAUGUAUGUGCUAUUAUAAUAAUUUGAAUAUUGUUUGUAAAUAGGAUGUAUUUGUUUUUUAUAUUAAAAAUUUUAUAAGCAAUAAUUAUUAUUAUUAUUAAGCAAAUAAUAUGAAUAAAGUGUAUAAAAAGU